CCCUGGGGCUGCGGCGCGGUCUGCACGGUCGCGCCCCUCCGGCAGAGUCCGGGAUUCCAUCCGCCCGGAGUCCUGGUAGCUACCGCGCCGGGUGGCGAGAGGCGGGUCUCGGAGACCCCUGCGACCCACUGUGGUUCGGGGGAAAAGGAAGUCAUGAAAGAUAAUUGUCUGGUGGAUGGAGCCUGCUGACCAAGUGCUUCAUGCCGACCUCACCGGGAGGUGACUGAACAUCUGGUGAGACGACCGAGUCCUCCAAAUGCUAAGUGAUUUGCUCAAGGUGCCCCACUUCAUAAGAAUUGGAGCCUCGGCCACCACUCUGUCAGCUUGUCACUAAGUCUAAAGGAAGAGAAAGCAGAAGUCUCAGGCCCAGAGACAUCUGAGGGCUGCUGUCCAAUUCAAGGAGCACCUGCUCAGAAUGGCCAUGGGAUGGUUCUACCUGUCCUUCUACUCACUGUGGUUCCUGGGCUUGAUGUGUAUCAUCCUCACCAUCUAUUGGAUGCAUUUGUGGCAUGGUGGCUUUGCCUGGGAUGGCACCAUUCUCAUGUUCAACUAUCACCCAGUGCUCAUGGUUGUUGGCUUAGUGGUACUCUACAGUGCUGCCUCGCUGGUGUACCGCCUGCCGCAGUCCUGGGCAGGGCCCAAGCUGCCAUGGAAGAUUGGCCACGCGGCCCUGCACCUGCUGGCCUUCAUCCUGACCGUGCUGGGGCUGGUCGCCGUCUUUCAGUUCCACCGCCACUCCAAGGUCGCCAACCUCUACUCCCUGCACAGCUGGCUGGGCAUCGUCACCGUCUUCCUGUUUGCCUGCCAGUGGUUCCUGGGCUUUGCCGUCUUCCUGCUGCCCUGGGCGUCCAUGUGGCUGCGCAGCCUCCUUAAACCCAUCCACUUCUUCUUUGGCGUCAUCAUCCUCUCCCUGUCCGUUGCAUCUGUCAUUUCCGGCAUCAAUGAGAAGCUUUUCUUCAGUCUGAAGAAUGCCACCCAGCUAUAUUCCAGUCUGCCCAGUGAGGCUGUCUUUGCCAACAGCCUUGGGAUGCUGGUGGUGCUCUUCGGGCUCCUGGUGUUCUACAUCCUCCUGGUUUCAUCUUGGAAACGCCCAGAGCCAGGGAUCCUGACUGAAGGACAGCCCCUGUUGCCUGAUGGGGAGUGAGCCAGGAGCAGGUGGAGGUGCUUCCCCUCAGUAGCUCUGCUCUGCCUGGGACUCCUGUCUGGUUUCAGCAACACUUGCCCUGGGCUCCGGGCCCAGACGUCUUCUGGCCUCCAUGUGGGGCCUGCUCCCUCCGCCAGUGUGCUGCCCACCCGCUUUGCUUGGUGGCUUCAGCUUCCGUGCUCCUUCCUGGCCUCAGCUUCUUGGUCUUCAUUUACAUACGGCCCCCCUGGCCCCACCACAGCUGCUCCUGCUGCCCCCGCUCUGCGUGUGAAGUCAAGCUGACUUCCCCUCGAGAGCCCUAAGGAUGUGGUAGAAACUCUCGACAGCGCGGAUGAGCCGGGACUCAAGUGCAGUCUGCAUGUGAAAAGUGAGGGACGCGGCGGUGUCCAGCAGCUUUCCCUUAAAGGCCUGCAUUUCCUUUGGGCCACCCCCACCGUGGGGUGGGCAUCAUCUGCUGUUACCUCGAGCCAGCCCAGCUGCACGUGAGGCUGGGCACACACAUCUUGAGGUGACGGAAGGAGAGCGGGGAGAAUGGCAGCAGAGCGGUGGAGGGGCUGACUGCCCUUUGCCGUUCUGUUUCAUGCCCGCCUGCGUUGGGACUGUGCGGCUCCCCUCCGCUGCUACAGCCCUGGCCUACAUCCUGGCCUUGCCCCGUGACAUGCAAACCCGUCACAGUCAGGCAACCCGACGAACCCUGGUAGCCUGCUCCCUCAACAACAGCCUGUCCCCCGGCUGUCCGGGAGGGCUGAGCGCCAGGGGGGGCCUCAGGCUUCCUUUGCUGCCCCUUCCCGGAUCAGGGCUUCUCUGCCUUUCCCCGGGCAGGCUGGCAGAGCCCCAGCCCGGCUCAUUUUCACUCUCCAGCUCACCGCGAAACAAGCCAGAGUUGUGGUGCAUCAUGCCCAGCAGAUCCCUGGGGCCACGGCCACUUUCUAAGGCGCUCCCUGCUGAGUGUCAAGCUGCCUCAUUUCCCACUCGGGCGACUUGGGUGGCCAAAUCCAGUCUCCUGUUCCACUAGAGGGUGAGCAGCUACUUGCCUCCCGAGGAGAAGCUGGGGUUGGGGUGCUGGAGUGCUUGCUCCUCUCUUCUGUGAUGGCGCCGUGGCUUUUCCCACCCUCUCCGAAUGAGCCCUGCCAGGCCCCGGGCUCCAUACUGCCGUCCUUAGUGACAAGCAGCAGGACACCGGGGGCUUGGGUGCACUUGCCCCGGCAGGUGGAGACGAGGCUAACGGUCCACCCCACCCUCACGUGGCUGGCCCACUGGCAGGCCUGUGGCUGGACUUCCCGAGGGGAUGGGGCAUUUGAAGCCAUUGGGAUGACUGCCAGACACCUCAGUCAACAUGACCAGCGCCCCCUCUUUCCAUGUGGGAGGCCUGUAACCUGAAGCUUGAUUUCCAUUUAUCACGUGUUUGAGAAUCAAAUCCUUCUCUACCGUACUGACAUCGUGGUUAGAAACUUAUUAAAGCCUCUGGACAGUUCUGACCCUCAGCCCCGGGGGCAGAAAUUCAAAAGGCA